AUGGCGACUAGAGUGGUUUCUUUACUGGAAAUGAUUGCCUCGCGAGGGGGCAUUGUCAAGACUACCAACGCGCCAGGGGCUUGGGCUAUUAUUGCACAAUGGAGAAGAUAUUUUGAACUCAAGGGCGAAGAAGUGGAUGAAGAAGAAUAUACGGAAGAAUUCAAGCGAGCCUUUGCAGAUGUGCGAAUGGAACAGAAAAGCGAAGACCAGCAGCAGCAAUUGAAAGAGACAAUCCUGGCGCCCAUUGCUGACCCAGGAGUCGUGGAAGCCCGCAAAUAUUUUGCCAUGCAAUACUUGCGAAGUUUGACCCAAGAAUCACAAUCCGGUAUUCCAACACCAUCUUCCAAUCCUUUUCCUUCUGGUCCAACUGUAGAGGAACGAAAUGCGCAAGCAGAGCGCAUCCUCAACAAUCCAGACUUGAGGAUUCCAACAGGAGAUGAAUUUCUGAACCUUGCACAAUAA